CCGACCUGCAGUUGGCCAUACGCCACACCUUCUCUAAAUCCAAUCAACAGACCCAUUUCAGACUGGGCAUUGACGCUCACAACCAGCCAGGGCAUUGUCUUUGUCCCGUCACGAGUCCCUUUUUUUCUUCCAAAUUGUUGCGUCUCGGUCACCAGAACCACCACACGAAAUUCCUAAUCACCACCAGCACACGAUGGCCGACCGCGACAAGAUCCAGAUCCUCAAGGAUGCGCUUUACGAGGCGGCGAGGGACCACGGUUCCGAUCAGCGUCUCUUCACGCAGCGGGACCUGUUGGACAUGCAGGUCAUCCCCCAAGACAAUAUCGGGUUGCUCAUGCAGGUGAUCCAAAUUCUCUGCGAUGAGAAGCUCUUUGUCGGCAACACCACGGCAUCGGGGCUGUCGUGGAGAUGGCGAAGCCGGGAGGAUGCAAAGAAGUACACCUCCCUCCCCAACUCCGAAAUAAUGAUGGUAUACGCCAUGGUCGACGAAGCCGGGGCCGACGGCAUCUGGAACCGGACCAUCAAGAACAAGCUCAACAUGGCCGACUCGCUUAUGAAGCAUUGCAUCAAGUAUCUCGAGCAAAAGGGCUACAUCGCCAGCAUGAAGAACGUCGAGCACCCCAACAAGAAGAUGUACAUCAAGGCGAACCUACGUCCCUCCGAUCGCGCCACAGGUGGCCCCUGGUUUACUGAGGGCGAGCUCGACACGGCCUUCAUCAACGAGCUACAGGAAAUUGUGUUUGACUUUAUCAAGCAGAAAUCGACAUAUACUUCCCACGGCGGCGGUGCUGGAGUACCAGGAGUAGGAGCACAAGGAGGAGGAGCACAGCAGCGUGAAAAGAAUCCCAAGAAGGGCGUGGUUCAGGGGACCAUUCCCCACUCGGAGGAUAUUUCCAAGGGGACGAAGCGCAGCGCGGGCGAGAUUUCCAACGACGACACGGCGGCACCGGCACCGGCCAAGAAGACCAGGCCCGGCAAGCCGCAAUUGCUGCCUCUCCCGGCCGGUUACAAGUCGUACCCGACUGUGUCGGACAUUGCAAAGUUCAUCCACCACGCCGGCAUCACGAAUAAUACGACGUUGAGCGAGGCGGAUAUCCAGCAGUUGGUGGAUGUGCUAUACUACGAUGGCUUAGUAGAGCCUGUCAAGGUCAAUGGGCGCAAGGGGUACCGUGUGACGCGCAUCCCCAAACAGGAUCCGAGGACGUGCAAUCAACGACGCCUCGACCAUGAUCCAACCAAAGGAGGCAUUGUUACCUCAUUUAUGGGAGUUGAGCCGAGUGCAAGUGGCCUUAUGGAGGCGCCUUGUGGGCGGUGCCCUGUCUAUGAUAUGUGCGAGGAAGGCGGACCUGUCAGCCCCAGCAACUGCGUCUAUUUCAGACGGUGGCUGGAUGGUGACGAGGUACAGGAACAAGUCAUUUCGAUCUGAUCGACUCGAAUGUGUUUGUGUCUCCGUUUAGAAGACGUUGCAUGGUCUCUAUCACAACUGCAUUAACGGCGUAAAAAAAAAGAAGGCAAGGGUAAUUUGGUUUCAUCUAGGCGUUGGAGGUAAUCUGUUUAGCAUUCAAUGUGUUGGCGAUAACAUUCACAUGACCUGCAAACUGUCUAGGAAAAGACAUCAGUUUACGUGAUCUCAUC